CCCUUCCGGUUUCAGGAACCAGGAAUUAACAGAAGAGAUGUAUUGUGUAGCAACGCACAUGCCUUGAUAUGGUUGGAAGGAGUAGUUUCACAAUAAUUUAGCUCAACUUGCGAUACAUAUAUUUAAACAUAAUGAGUAGUGCAGAAAACGGAGCUUGUGGUGAUGCUAUUACAGUGCACAAUUUCUCCGAGAAGAUUUCAGAACAAGCAGUGCACUUUCAUGUCAUGAAACUGAACGGGGGAUUCUUCCUGUGGGUUGGUUCGAGUCCAGUCCUGUCCAACUUGGCUGUGUCAAUAAACAGCAAAUAUGAUUCGAUGCCUCUGUCGUCACUAGUCCUGGGUGACGCUUCAGACAUGACCCCCAAUUCACUGGCACUAAGAUUAGCAAAGAAGACCAAGAAGCAAGUGUUUGUGAGCUACAAUCUACCAACGACAAACAGCAACCUGUCUAUCUUAGUGGAGAACAGGAUCAAGAAGGAGCUUGAAGAUCACCCUGACAAAUUUUAGCACUUUUGGAUGUUUUGUUUUGUUCUGUGUUGAUAUAGAGAUGUUGCAGUAAAGUGGAAAGGAAAAACAA